ACUUCGCAAUUCGCCAAAGGAGCAAGUCCCAGACCCCAGCCUGCUGCAACUUGGCAGCGUUCCUACAAAUGUGGCUUGACAAGCCAAGAAUAAAUUAUGGUCUCUCAGGAACAGAGACGAAGCACCCCUCGACAUAGGGAAAGGUCACAGAGGGCCCUGUAACGCAACAGCAUGUGAAAGGCUGCGGGCUGCUGGCACAGGCAGACCUCCCGCGUGGAGCAAAACCCUCAAAUCUUUGGGGGAAGGAGGGCGGCCACCCUGUCGUCCCCAAAGCACAGGUGAAGGCCCGCUGCGGCUGGGGCGAGGGACUCCAGCUGGGAGGACUGGGGCUCACAGGCAAAGCCAGCCCGGUUUCAGAGUCCGGGCCCCUGGCCCCAGGGAAAGGUGCCUCUCACACACCGGAGGCUCCAGGAGUAGGGCGGGCAUUUUGGGUCUAGGGCGCGGUGUGUCAGAGGCCACGGGCGGGAACAGAGGCAAGCAGGUGUGCCUGGUGCCUGGGGGCGAGGGGCAGCAGAGAGGCCCGGGAGGCUAAAGGAGAACGCGGCGCAGACCCGAGGGGCACCGCAGGCCACGUGGGCUUUGGAGGAGCAAAGAUAGGUCCUGAGACCCCGGUUUGGCCGACACAUCCCCUCCUGCGUACGGGGGCAGACGUCCCGUGGGAUAGACGGGCAGCCUAGCCCGCAGCGCCGGAGAGCGGGUGGGAGACUGGAGGCGCCCUCGCGCCCCUCAGCUAUCCGGGGGCCUCGCGCCGGCGACCUCGACCCUGUCGAACCCGGUGGAACACUCAGAAAGAAGCUGAGCGCCUCGCAGCGGCCAGGACAGCAGGCCAGGCCCGCGCGCUCCCGCAGCGCACGGCCAGACGCGAUGACCCUCAGCACGGAGCCCAGCCCCGCAGACGGCCUCGAAGCUUAGAGUCAGAAACCGCGCAGGGGACCGCCCUACCAGAAAAGCAAGGCGGAGGCGGAAAACCACCUCGAGCUCCUGCCUGCCGCUCCGCGCCUGCGUCUGCGCCUACGACUGCACCGGGGUUGGUCAGGCCGCCGUGGGGUGGGGCCGCGCAGGCGCGUUGGACGCGAAGCCGUGCGGCGCUGGCGGUGAUGGCGUCCCAUGCAGAGUGCCAGCCUCUGGGAGUGUUUGAGUGUGAACUCUGUGCCUUGACAGCUCCGUACAGCUAUGUGGGACAGAAGCCCCCCAACACCCAGUCGAUGGUCCUCCUGGAGGAAAGCUAUGUCAUGAAGGAUCCCUUCACCUCCCACAGGGACAGAUUCCUGGUCCUUGGCUCGCGCUGCAGUUUGUGCAGCAGGCUGGUGUGUGUGGGCCCGAUGUUCUUGGAGGGAUCUCCCAGGAGAAGGGACUGUCCUUUCUUGAGCACUUGUUGUGUGCCAGGUCCUGUGCUUGGGACCUGUUUUCCUGCGGAGGCUUCAUUCAGUCCUGCCCCUAACUUAGUUAGGAGUGCAGCUUAUUCUACUCCAAGAGAUUCUGCCUCCCUUGUGUCCAGGAGAACAUCAGUGCUUUUCCUCAGGAAAUUCGGCAAGACUUGGAGAAAAGGAAAGCUCCAUCAAAGAGGACCCCCAGCCAGCCCGGUUCUCGGACGUGAGUGCAGCCAGGGCUGGUCAUCGGGCAGCACCCUGCACAGAGCUCCUGGGCCAGCCUGCACCGGGGAUGCUGCCGAGCUGGGAGCUGCCAUGCCUGGCCUUGUUUCUGGACCACUGGGAGCAGCACUGCAGCCCAGGGGAGCUGGAGUCCAGUUUGGAGCAGCCACAGGCCCAGGGAGCUAGCUGUAGCAAGAGGGUAGCCCAAAGGCAGAUGCCAGACAAGACACAGCCAGGAACCUGGCCAGGUGUCCCCACAUGCCCCUCAGGGCCCAGGCCUGAAUGAGUGCUGCUCAGAUGUGACUGAGAGGGAUGACCUCCUUCAGUGGGGCAGCUCCUAAGAGGCCUCGUGCAGGUGCAUGUCAGGGGAGAUGCCACACUGUGUCGGGGCCAUGAUGCAUGGUAGGUGGCUGCAAUGGUCUCUCUGUAAGGAAAAUCACUGACAGCAGCUGCCUUCUGGAGCCAGUCUGGAAGGUCUAGAGGGGGACAGAAUUUUUACUUCAUAUCCUUAUGUGAUGCUUGGAAAAUGUUUUUAACCUUGACCAUGUAUUAUGUUUAUAAUUAAAGACCCAAAUAACCAGCUCAUGUAUGGAAAGGAAUCUUCCACUGAAACAUUUGGAUACCCGACAUUCUCCCUGGGCACUUAACCCGGCAGUGGUUGGGGUCUCCUGGGAAGCUGAGUGCUGGCUUCUAGCCUUGCCAGUUCCCUCAGGCUCUGGCUUCAGCUCUGGCCCCUCCAUUCUGUCUUCCCCGACCCCAAGUCAGGAAUGCCGUGGGCUUCCUGCCCUCACCCCACACCUCAAGACCAUCCCGCUGCCUGCCUGUCUGCUUGCCCCCUGCCAUCUCAAACAGCCCUGGGUGCCUGUGAAGCCUGACCCCAUUGCCUGCCAGGGGUUCCUGCAGCACCCCCUCCUCCAGGCUCCCCAUCUCCUUGAAGCUUCCAGGGUAGCAGCUGGUGGGACAUUGAUCUGUGAGCUCUGGAAUGUCUCCUUAGAGUUCGGAGAGGCAGGCACUGCUCUGUCUUUGUAACUACUCAAGGCCAACUGUCACAUGAAGGAAUGAAUAAAGAGUUUUUACUGACUUGU